AUGCGAGCUUUCAUUACCUUUUGUUGCUUGAUUGGCCUGGGCCUGGUCGCCGCGACUCCCUUGGGCCCAAUGGUUCCUGUUACUGGAGAAAUCUGCUGCCACCACCAGGGAACGCCGGAUCCUUCCGAGCAUUGCAAAAAUAAAGGGUUGAACUCUUACUGCUGUUCCGAUUAUCUUAAUAAUGUCCGAGUUGAAUACCUUGGUGGAUGUGAUCGAUACAAGACAUUCACCACAGGACGCACGGUUACUUCGGUUGUCCCUGGUGGCACCUUAAAUUGUAUCGCUGGAACUAGACGUGGAUUCAUUGGCUGUGCUGCAUGA